UUCCGCAGCUAAUUUGGUUUUCAUGAUAUCAUGUAUUUAGUGCUACGAUGGCUAUCUAUGAUGCCGUACAGCUUGUGAGGGCCGAUGUUUCCACAGUUGCACUCGGAAUCGCAGCAUCAACUGCGUCCAUCAUCCUCGGUGGCGGCACCAAAGGCAAGCGCCUUGCUAUGCCAAACACACGAAUUAUGAUUCAUCAGCCUCUUGGAGGUGCUAGCGGACAAGCUAUAGAUGUAGAGAUUCAGGCGAAAGAAGUUAUGCACAACAAGAACAACGUCACAAGAAUUAUUUCAAGCUUCACCGGUCGCUCAUUUGAACAAGUCCAGAAAGACAUUGAUAGGGAUAGGUACAUGUCUCCAAUUGAAGCAGUUGAGUAUGGAAUCAUUGAUGGUGUAAUAGAUAGAGAUAGAAUUAUUCCUCUGAUGCCAGUUCCAGAAAGGGUGAAAUCAACACUGAAUUAUGAAGAAAUUAGUAAGGACCCUAAGAAAUUCCUGAACCCAGACAUCCCUGAUGAUGAGAUAUACUAGGUUUCUUAUGUUACAAUUACUGGUACAUCAUUACAUGUUCAAAACUUAAAAAUUUUCCCUUUUGGUUAUAGCAGUUUACAACAUUUUGGCUUAACGAUUAGGAUUGUUAUGAUUGCCACUUUUUGGUUGUUAAGAAUUGUAAUCCAAUUAUGGGGAAAUUUGUUAUUUGAUGUUUAUUCAUCAUGUUUAUUGUUAUAAAGCUCUUAUUGUUC